GUAUCGAAGAAAUAAAUCGAGGUGGGAGGGCGUCGAAUGCCGCGUGAAUCUCCAGUACAGCGGGAACGCAACCCUUCUUUCCGAUCAGGCCGUUGAAGUCACCGAUACUUCCGAUACCUGAUACAGCGCAUCGUGUCCUCGUGGCCAACGCUGGAAGGGAUGGCGUUGGCUGGUGGGGGCAGCCACCCUCGCGUUUUUGCGGUCUGUUUGCACCCGCGACCGCGUCGCGGCGCCACCGUACGGUCUGCGCGGCCGUCGUCCCUUGGCUCUGCGCGGAACAACUUUUGUCCAUGGUCCACGCUCCCGUGACCGCGCGAGGCGUCCCUUUUCGCGCGUCACGACGCGUCGCGUCGCCAUCGAACCCGUCCGAUCGCAGCGCGUUCUUACCGUUUACCCGUUUCCCCGAUUUUCCACGAGACUCGCGGCACCGAGCGGCUCGCGACCGAUACCGAGGGUCGACAAUAAUUCCGCCGGGGUGGGAAAGUGCGUGGCUGGAGGGAUGACUGCGAGGGCUGCAGGAGCCGAGCGUUCGAGUUAGUCUCGGCCAGAACACAGGCCCAGUAGGAUCUACGUGCACGUACUGGAGCCGCGUACGGUGCGUGGACUGAGGAAACAGAGGGUACGGAGGCCUUCCCCACCCCCUUGCAGGUCGCGAUCGCGAGUUCCGCAUGCGACGUGCAGUGUAUACCGACCACGAAAACAGGUGCACCAGGUUAGGAGCCUGCUAGGACGGGUCUCGUACACUCUCCCCUGAGGUCAGCUGCUGAUGCGAGACCAGACGAAACGAGACGAGGGAAGAACCGGAGCCAGUGAAGUGUGAUCGCGUGCAGUGCGGGUUUUAGCGUCGGUUUUUUCCGCGCGAGUGUGGGUGUGAUGCCGUCGCGUGAACCACAGGCAGCCUGACGACCGGCCGGGAUCGAGAUCCGAUCAUCUGGUGUCUCGAGCCAGGGUUGCUCCUCGAUGACUCUGGCGAACUCGGAAAGGACAUUGUGCGAUUUCGUGUGACCGUGGGACCAGUGUGUAGUGCAACAGGUCCAGUGUGUUCCGGGACAGUGUCCGGGACUAAGGAACAGGAAGAGACGGUAGCGACGGGCCCGCCGGCCGAGGCGUGCGCCCCAGGAGGCGUCGGCGGCGCCAGCAAUCGUAGGGGAACGGUUUUGGGCCCGGCGGUGAAGCUUGAAGCCGUCAAAGUGGCUUCGUCACUGGGCCUCCAGGGGCCAUCAGCGCCGAUCGGGGCCCAACUACUCACUGGCGGUUCGGAGGAUGCACCGGCCGUCUACCACGCGAAUCUGCUAGCCAGCAGCAACGCGUCCGUGCUCCAGCAGCCCGUUCUAGCGAGCCUGAACACGCCGGCACUGGCCAGCAUGCAGGCCUCUGCGGAGGCCAACUCGCUGGACAUUCAGGCCAUGCAAUCCAUGGACUGGCUGUUCAAGAAGGAGCGGAUAUACCUGCUCGCCCAGUUCUGGCAACAGAGGGCGACAUUAGCGGAGAAGGAAGUUUCCGCUUUAAAGGAGCAACUUGCCGCGGCAAAUGACGGGAAUUCGAAGACUGAGGGACAUCAAUUGUCUCAGACACCACAGGGAAGCGAACAGCAGCAGGUACACGAUGCGAGCAAUCCCAGGAGAACGCCCAACACCAACCUGGAACAGGAACUGCAAGCGAAGGACAAAGAGAUCAGCCAGCUGGUCGAGGAGGUGUCCAGGUUACAGCAGAGCCUGCAACGUCUCCAGGAGACCAGUGCACAGGCGACGGCGCGGCUGGAGGAAGAACUCGAGGCCCGCAGACAGCACAUCAGCAGACUGGAGAGCAAACUGGAGCGACAGAGGGACUAUGACGACCUGAAACGGGAAAUUAACGCACUGAGGUCGGUGGACCUGUCGCAGAUUCCCACAGGCGAGCCUGGCAAGAGCUUGGAACACCUUCUGAUGGAACGCUCGAAGGCGCUCCAGCAAACAGAAAACUUGAAGCCAACCAAUACUCCCGACGCGCUCGGUGGACUAUCGUCACCCCUGCAGCGCGCCUCGACCGCCUCGCCCCACGGGGUCGGGGGUGUACCGCCUUCGUCCCACGUGUCCUCCCAGCAACCACCGCCGCCGCCCCCAGCAGCAGUUUCCCUCCCACCGCGUUCCACACCGACACCGUCUUCGGCUACCUCGACGACGUCCAGCCUCCUCUUCCCACCUCCUCUCCAGAACGUCGAGACCUUCGGCUCCUUCCUCGGCGAAGAGAUCGUCGCCAACUGGAGGCGGACGUUGGAGAGGUCCAUCAUGAAUCAGCAGCAACAACAGCAACAGCAGCAACAACAACAACAGCAGCAGCAGCAACAACAACAACAACAACAACAACAACAGCAGCAGCAGCAGCAGCUUCAGCCGACUUCCUUGGGUCAAUUGGCGCAGCAACAGCUACAGCAAGCUCAACCGCUGAUCGGUCUGCACCCUCCGUCUACCACCAGUAGCAUAAAUCAUCUUCCAUCGCCAACGGACCCGUCGUCCAGUUCGAACACGCCAGCCAAAUCGAAUACCCCGUUAGGAACCACUCCACUGAGUUGCCUUGAUGCCGCCGAAAAGGCUCCGACGCCUGUGUCGGGCCACGAAACGCCCGCACCACCAACGCCGUCUUCGACCACCGCGUUAACGUCACCCCCGAGCUUUCAACCGCCCACGACGAUGAUCGAGACGAUCGCAUCUUCGGCGUCCGUGAACGGCGGUAGCAUGAUACCGGCCGUCCCGACGGCACCGCCACCAAAGAGUCCAGCGGACCAGGACUCUUGUCACAAUAACAACAACAGCCAUCAUCUGGCCAACAACAACAUCGGAGGUCUGAGCGUGCUGGAUACCCUGAAGAGCCCGUUUCGCUUCGACGACAGAACGCAUCCGUUCAGAUUCGGCGACGAGUAUGGCGCCGCGGGUAUGGCUGGUCGACUAGGCGAGUCGCUUAUCCCUAAAGGCGACCCCAUGGAGGCCAGGCUUCAAGAGAUGCUGCGGUACAACAUGGACAAGUACGCGUCGCAGAAUCUGGACACCCUGCACAUAGCCAGGAGAGUCAGAGAGCUGCUCUCGAUACACAACAUCGGUCAAAGGCUGUUCGCCAAGUACGUACUCGGGCUGAGCCAAGGCACCGUCAGCGAACUGCUGAGUAAACCGAAGCCGUGGGACAAACUGACGGAAAAAGGUCGCGACAGCUACAGGAAGAUGCACGGCUGGGCUUGCGACGACAACGCUGUACUGCUGUUGAAAUCCCUGAUACCCAAGAAAGAGUAUGUUUCAGGCAAGGAGCAAGGAAUGCCAGCGUUCGCGCGUGGACCACAGGAAGGUGGUCCGCCAGAAAUGAGCGACGAAAGGUUGGCGCAUAUCCUCUCGGAGUCUGGCCAUCUGCAGAUGAGGGGCGAGCACGAGAUAUCGAACGACGCGGACAGCAAGAGCCCGAGCAGAAUCGGCUGUCCGAGCCCGUUCAACAAGGACAGGCUCGACAGUCAAAACAGGAGACUGAAGAAAUACGAAAACGAUGACAUUCCGCAGGAAAAGGUAGUCAGGAUUUAUCAGGAGGAGCUAGCCAAGCUGAUGGGGAGAAGGGUCGAGGAUCUCCGCGGACCGCGAGAGUUCUCCACCAGUGCGAUGUUUCCGCACUUUUUCAGUAGCACCCAGGGCAGCCUUCAGGGCAUGGAGCGCACGCAAGACGACAUUCGAUUGGCCCUGGACGCGUACCACCGCGAGUUGCAGAAGCUGAACACGACGCCGGGCCAGAACCCCGCGUUGACUGGACUGCCAGGAUUACCAGGGCUCCCUGGGCUUCUGGCUCUUCAGCAGCAAGCCCUUCAGCAACACCAUCUGGCCACGAACGGCGGUGGCGUUCAGGAUCUCAGUUUGGGGAAGGUGGAUCCCAGGAGCAAGAUGAUAAACGGCGUCACGGAGGAAGAGAAGGAGAAGAUGGAGGAGGCCAUGAGACACGCGGGUAGCGCGUUUUCGUUGGUCAGGCCGAAACAGGAAACCGCCGCGCCUCAAUCCACCCCUAGCGGUUCCAGCGCGAGUUCACCGUUGGGCAACUCGAUUCUUCCGCCAGCGAUGACACCCAGCGAGGAAUUCUCUGGCGCGGCAGCCGCCAGUCCGCUACAGAGGAUGGCUUCGAUCACGAAUAGUCUGAUCAGUCAACCGUCCACGCCUACUCAUCACUCGGCCAACCAGAGGCCCCUAAAAGCGGUGCUUCCUCCCAUUACUCAGCAACAGUUCGACAUGUACAAUAACUUGAACACAGAGGACAUCGUGAAGAGAGUGAAGGAACAAUUGUCUCAGUAUUCCAUUUCCCAACGUCUUUUCGGUGAAUCCGUGCUGGGUCUUUCUCAGGGAUCCGUCUCCGACCUCCUGGCGCGGCCAAAGCCCUGGCACAUGCUCACGCAAAAAGGUCGCGAGCCGUUCAUCAGGAUGAAGAUGUUCCUCGAGGAUGACAACGCGGUGCACAAGCUGGUCGCCAGCCAGUACAAGAUCGCACCGGAAAAACUGAUGAGGACCGGCGGCUACGGUGGCCUGCCUCGUAAGUUUAACUCAGCCUGUGGAACACCAAUGAAGCCGAUGCCUCCGACGAAACUGGUUCAGGAACAGCUUCAGAACGCCGCGAAAGCACAGGCUGCGGCGCAGGCGGCCGCUCAGGCGGUAGCGCAGCAUCAGCAAGAAAACCAAAUACAGCUGGGACCACCCCAGCAGAGUCCCCAGCUCCCUCAACAUCCUCAGCCGCCGCCACCGAUGAUGCUGACGCCUCCAGGCCCUCUCCUCCCUCACACACAGCUCAGCAUGCAAGAGUUGCAGAAGAAGCAACAGCAGCAACAGCAACAACAGAUGAACCUUCACUCGCCCCAUCAUCAGAUGACUCCGUCUCCCCUUCGAGGACUCCACCCGCACAUCUCGCCCAGCGUAUACGAAAUGGCCGCGCUGACGCAGGACCUCGACACGCAAACCAUCACGACGAAGAUCAAGGAGGCGUUGCUGGCCAACAACAUCGGCCAGAAGAUCUUCGGCGAGGCUGUGCUCGGUCUGUCGCAAGGAUCCGUCAGCGAGCUGCUGAGCAAACCCAAACCAUGGCACAUGCUCAGUAUAAAAGGCAGAGAGCCGUUUAUAAGGAUGCAGCUGUGGCUGUCAGACGCCCACAACGUCGAUCGGCUGCAGGCCUUGAAGAACGAACGACGAGAAGCGAACAAGAGACGACGCAGCAGCGGACCAGGCCACGACAACAGCUCGGACACCUCGAGCAACGACACGGCGGAGUUCUAUCACGCGGCGUCGCCCGGUCCCGGACCCGCCUCGGCCAAGAAGCAGCGAGUCCUCUUCUCCGAGGAGCAGAAGGAAGCCCUCAGGCUCGCGUUCGCCCUCGACCCUUACCCCAACGUGGCCACCAUCGAGUUCCUCGCCAGCGAGCUGGCGUUGUCCUCGAGAACGAUAACCAACUGGUUUCACAAUCAUCGGAUGAGACUGAAGCAGCAAACGCCGCACGGCCAGCCCGAGCCACAAUCCCCCAGGGAACCUGGCCAGCCGUUCGACCCAGUUCAGUUUAGAUUGCUGUUGAACCAAAGACUGUUGGAGAUACAGAAGGAGAGAUUGGGCUUGGGCAACGUGCCCCUGCCGUACUCCCCGUACUUCAACCCCAACCUGGCCGCCCUGGUAGGGAACGCUCUGAAGGAGCAGUGUUCAGGCCUGGAUUUGUCGAUGAGCUCGUUGAAGAGGGAGCCGAACCAGGAGUUCGAGGACGAGGACGCCGAAGACGCCAUGAGCAACCUCGGUAGCGAAGACUCGGAGGGAUCGGCGGGUAGCAUAAAGAGGGAACCCGCGGAGACACCCACCGCGCCAGCCACGGUCAGAUCCAAUCGAAGGAAACCCGCAGCGCCGCAGUGGGUGAACCCCGAGUGGCAGGAGCCGCCCAGGACGGGCGACGAGGUGAUCAUCAACGGCGUUUGCGUGAUGCAAACGGACGAUUACGGGGUGAAGAGAGAGGCAGAGGAGACCGUUAGGGUCGAACCAACCCCCGUGCAGGACAGAUACGAGGAAGACGCGCAAAGCGACGUGUCUUCCGUAUCGGCGAAUAACGGUCAGGAACGGGACAGCCCUCUGCCCAGUCCGAAAUCGGGACAGAACAGUCCCGUGACGUCGCCCAGGCCGCCCUCCACGCAACAAACGCAACAGUGCACGGACGAGAGUCCCAAAGACAACGUGGUUAAACACGAGCCAGAGGAAACGUGGGAUUAUUAAGCGUGGGAUUAGCAGAUGCCCGGUCCGCGAGACCUGGUUGGACAAAACGGAGGGUGUGAUCGAAGUGGACAACGUUGAAACAUGCCAAAAUGACGCUGCAGAAGUACGGUCCCCAUGUUGCCGACGACUACGGCCUAGUUAAGUUCUUAAUGAGGAAGAAACAAAAACCAGUCAUAGGAUUCGGCCAGGUCCGAUUGGCCGAGUCCUGCCUACCACGAGGGCAUUAUCAUAGGGUGGCGAAUACAAAGUAGGAUACGUGAACAAAAAUUAAACAAAAAAAAAAAAAUUUCGAAAGACACGCAGACGUGCAUUGGAACCCUUCGGUCGACUGAAAGCUACCAGCGGGGGAGGCUGCUAUCGAGGAAGAUGGAGCUCAAUCAAAAGAACUGUUUUUUCGUAACGCUGCCGAUAUACGGUUUACGGAACAGUGUGUUGGUGUGCACGGAUACUACAGCGGAUUUGUAUUGUUAGAAGACUGUAAACGCGACGAGGGGUAGCUCAGGAAAUGGGGGCAAAUCGUCGCACAUCUCGCUCGAAAAUCCGAAGAAACCCUGGCCGCUUCCGUUUUCGAGCGGACGAAGGAAGGGGAGGGGGAAGGUAGGAGAGACCAGGUAUAAGUUACAAAAGAAAGAGAAAGAGAAAACAAACAAACGAGAAUCGGAAAACGGAAAGGGUCCGGGUUCGUCAGAGUGCAAUCUACGAAUAACCAGUUGUUAGAUCAAAUUAUUAUUAAUUUUAUCUAAUUACGCGUCAAGAUGAGCGAUUAAUAAUUAUUGCAUAAUUGUGAUUCAUGUUAUAUUGUUUAUACACUUCUCCUAUCCCAUAGUUGUUAAGCUGUUAAUGUUACUACACUCCGCUCUCCGAUUACGUACCUUUUUAUCUUGUUCGGUUAGAAACGCGUCGUUCUUAUUUCUAUUUCUUUUUUUCAUUUUUUUUUUCGGAAAAUGGAGAAGAAAAAAUGGUUAGAAAAGUGAAAACGUCCUCUCGCUCUUUUUCCUGCUUCUUAGUUGCGCGUCGAUUCGCGAAAGAACGAGCGAUCGAUGAUCGAGAGUAGUCUGGUCGACGGUGUUGUCCAAUUUUGUCGGCUCUUUCGCGAACUGGCGGGCAACGCGAACCGGAACAACAAUCUGUCCACUUCUGAAUAGUCUUUGUUUUCUUUUCUAUUCCCGCGUAGAGAAAGCUAGUUAUACGUGACGAUCGGUGAUCGAGGUUAUCAGUUACUACCAAUAUUACUGUAUUAUUAGGCUUACGUUAUCAUUGCUAUUUUAUUAUUAUUAUUAUUAUUAAUAUUAUUAUUAUUAUUAUUAUUAUUAUUAUUAUUAUUAUUGAUUAUAUUGUAUUAUUUUAUUACCAUUCGAAUUCUUAUCGCGAUAACGAUACGGCUUACGAAGCCAAUGUGAUAGAGCUUAUAUGCGAUGAUAAAAUUUAAAAAAAAAUGCGACAUACCAGGGAG